UUAAAUUUCUAACUGUAUUUUAUUUUCAGAGUUCUUUAAGGAUUUUUCAUGGGGAGGAGCGUGAACAUGGCGUUUUGACAACAGGGAUACUUUGGGGUUCACAGGAUUCAUUGUAAUUGCUGUGUAUCAACUGUAUAAAGUUUCAUGUAAAGAUACAUUUUUGAUGUGACAGUUAGACGUUAAUUGUCCAAGAAGCAUGUUGCUGCUUUACGUUCUAUUGACCAUUUCAGUCCUAAAUACCAAUACAGCGACACGUCUAGUAUGUUUAUACUGCACUGACGCCGUCAGCCCUGCUGACUGUGAUACUGUCAUAAACUGUGGACCUCAUGAGAGUUGCUACGUAGAUUCCUAUGUCAGAGCAAGUGGAAGUAUUAGGUAUAAUCUGGGCUGCAGAGAUGAAAUUCAAUGUAAUGGAUCACCGAACUCUGGAAGACGCGAACUAACGAUUACGUCAUAUCAUCCACCGGAAGUUGAUGCAAUGUUGAAUACGGAUAAAGCAUUGGCGCGUGCCUUUUCUAACAACAGUCCCAAUUAUGUUUUAAAAUCACAUGACCUGUCUAAACGAACAAAUGGAUUAUUGAUUUGCAGCGAGUGUUGCAAGGGAAAUUUGUGUAGUAACGCAGGAUGCGGAAAUAAAGGUUAUAUUUCCCCAAGAGGUCCUAUUUGCUACAACUGUGCCCAACAGAUCAAUCCAGAAGACUGCUAUAAAAUUAGACUAUGCAGUACUGGUGAGGUGUGUAUGUUACUGAAGACCCUAAAUCCAAUGUCAAACGAAGUGAGAUACACAACGCGAUGUGAAAGGGAACAGAGUUGCAAUGACGAGAUAAUACACUACCAACAACUUGCUGCGUUACUUAUAGGCAAGCGAGAGAAAAGGAAUUCUCUUGAAACAGGAGGAUCGUGUAUUGUUCAGUGCUGCCAAACCGACAUGUGUAACAUAAACUGUAACGGCACUUACUCAAGUACCACAAUGGCAACGUCUCCGACUGUUCCCGUGUCCAAACCGACAGCAACAAAAAUGUGCGUGUACAAGAACAAUCAGUACAGUCAAGGUCAGACAUGGUUUGAUGGCUGCGACUACAGAUGUACCUGUGAUGAUGCCAGCAGUGGAUCCUAUAGAUGCAAAAGAAGAUGCCCAGAAUUUUUCAAUGUACCAAUCGGAUGUAUAUGGGUAGUAGAUCCCAAUGACCCCUCUUGCUGUAAGGUUCCACAGUGUACACCAACACCGCUGGCAGGAGCAACUCCGACACCAAGCGCAAUUCCUACCAUCCCAGCGAGAAUCUCUAUUGGCCAGCCUAUUGCAGCGACAACACAAACUGCUCUUACCCAGAGCCCCAAUACUUACCAGUGCACGGACAAACUCCAGAACUGCAACGUCUAUGGUGCCUCAUCCUGUACCGGUAUAUAUGAACCAUGGGCCAGAGAAAAAUGCAGAAAAACAUGCAACCUUUGUAGUGCCACAGGAAAUUACGGAACAAAAAUGACUGUACAGUUACAAAGCAGCAAUGCAGCUAAUACAUGUUACUAUGGCGGCAAAUAUUACCACGAGGGAGAACAAUGGAGAGACGGAUGUAAAUACAAAUGUACUUGCCAAGAUGGAAAGAAAGGAGUUUACACAUGUCAGACACUUUGUUUACAAUGGAACUUACCCCAGAGCUGUCAUCUAGACCCCCCACCAGCUGGUGAAUGUUGCCAAGUACCGGUUUGUCCUAGCAACGUGCAGCUUCAGUAUCCACCUGGUUAUGUUCAGGAAUAGAGAUUUUGAUGAAAUUUAACAUCUGAAUAUUCGUAUCUACUUGUGUUAUAUGAAUUUCGGCUUAAUUAGAUUGUUUUAAAUGUA